GACAGUGGCUUAUUGGUACUCACCGCUGGCCUACCCUCACCCCGGUCUGAUUUGUUUCCUUUUUUUUUUUUGGACCGUAUCAAGUUAGGUCGCGCUCGAUGAGGCUCUGCUGCCAUCGUUGGCUUCCCUCGAGGCAUGAUCAAAGUGUCAAUAAAUCAUUCGCCAUCGAUUGCGGCAGUUCAGGCCGUGUUCCACACCCUCCCUCCCUGCUUUACCAGCGGAGAUCCCUCCCGGGGAUUAAUUACAACGCCCAGUUUUCUCACGACCAUGACCACUCAAACCCAACCUCCAUACCCCGCCGGAACUUUGCUAAACCCGCCCAACCCGCCUCCCAUUGACGUCGAAGGUUUACUCGUUCUGAAUCACCUCGAAGUAGUCAAGGCCAGGGCAUUCCUGCGAUGGGACUUAGACUCGGUCCUCGUCCGACUCGGCAGAUUCCGCGGCCGGCUGAGUCCCGACGAGUUUUUCACCUGGCUGAGCAUUCCCCGGCACAUCAACGUUCUCGAGAUCAUCUCGCAGAUCUACGAAGCACUGGACCCCACCUGGUUCCCGUCUCUCCAGGGGGUCGAGAAGGAAAGGCUCGCCCGGAUAGCCGACACCUACAGCUGCGGCCCUCUCGUGUUUGAUCAUCAUACCAUUUGCUUUGCCCUCAACCGAGCUGUUGCAACAUGCGAAUCCGCCACCGAAAUAUUGUGUCUCCUCAAGUCGCCGGAGAGCGCUCGCAGGAAUAUCACGUUGCCUCAGAUCAUCGGUUUGGCAACAUCCUACGCCCCAGUAUACGAUGCCAGGGGAAUGGUUCAGAUUUGUACGCGUGACCUCAGUCGGUUGAAGGAGUGGUUCGUCGUGAGCCUGGAUGAUACCAACCGGCCCAACAACGUCGUCAGGGAGCUGUUGAAUCAGCACGAACGAGACAUGAGCGCCUGUCGUCUGCGGCCCGGUCAGCCCAGGGAGAGUGAUCUCACAUGCGAGUGCCUCAGCCAGUCUCCAGUCGACAAACCAGACACGCCGUGUCAAAUCGGUCCGGCUUUUAUAGGUCCGCCGGACAUGGCAUCCUUGUCAUGUUCACAGAUGCAGAGAAGCGGAGUGAGCGGAAACGUGAUCGAUGCGUACGUGUAUUUCUUGGUAGUCCGCCACACGGCGAUCAUCAAUGAACAGCGUGUUCUGGUUAUACCGACGCCGAGCGUACCAUAUUUGCUCCAGGAGAAGGAGAAAUGUCGAGGAAGUCGAAGCCCACUGGUGGCGCAUUGGCUUCGCUCAGAUCCCGCCUACGUCCUUGUUCCCGUCGGCAUCAAAGGAAGCUCGAAUCGCUGGGUCCUUCUCCUUGUGCAGCGACGCUCGGGCUCAAUCAUCAUUUUCGACUCCCGCUUGCAGGAGGGACAACACACACAGGACCCUAAGGUGCAAGAGGUGACGCAAGCUGCAAUGUCUCUAUUCGAUGGCGACCACACAUCUUCCAUACCAGUCAAGAUGCCGUUCAAUUCCAUUACUGGGAGCGACCAAGACAGUGGCUUCCACUUGUUGGAACACAUUGAGCGGUUCCUUGUCAACCCUGUGGCUUUUGUCGAUCAAACCGUAGGCCAGGAGGAGACGUUGAUUCGAUCCCAACAACUUGACGUGGCCGACUGGCGGCGUGAGGUCUGGCUGCGCUUGGAGCAGAGAAGGCGAGGUAUCGAAUGGUUUCCCAACACCCCCAGCAAGGCAACUCUUAAAACUUCGGCGUCCGGACCGGUCUUAGGGCAUACCGCACAGGGAGUUUCGGCAAGUGAUUCGACACCCGCUUGCCAACCGUCUCAAUCCUCGAUCACACAAUCGACUGGCCAGAAUGGGGUUGCCGUCCCACCUACAGAAGCUAACUCACAAGCAAGAUGGAAUGCGAGCGGGCAACACACGUGUGCAAAAUGCGGCGGCCAGUCUUCCUCCAAAUGGGUAAAGGAAACCAACGGCACAAAGUAUGCGUGUCACAACUGCGUCGCUAAAUAUCUGAGGAGCAAGCAUGCGACAGAAAAUGCAGGGACUCCAAAGAAGCUUGCCGCCCUCCAAAUGGGCCUUCUUAACUCGAUCGACACACUGCUGCAACGACAGAACCCCGCCGCAGCCCCAGAACCUUACUCGACGGCUCUUAGCAGCACUGCCUCGGUGUCGUCGGGAGACGCCUCUGGCGCCGUGGACUCUCCUCAGCCAGCGCAUAACGGUACUUGUGAGGCAUCUAACACGCACCCCGGCUACCAGCAGAGUCCUUCCCAGCAGCAAGGCACCACGCCCAUGCCUAGCUUGACCACGACUUGGUCUAUGUCUCCGUCCCACGGCCUGCCGACACCGGGUGCAACUCAGCAGGAACAGGCAAUCCAGGCAAAGUUAGACCAGGAACAAGCAGUCCUCGCGGCCAUUCCGCAGCUAGGCCCCUUACAGACGUCUCCGAUCUACCACCACAUCACCCCCGGGAAGCAAGGUUCCGAACAGGGCGGCAUAGAGUCCGAUCCUGUUUUACUCACAUGGCAGGAUGUAAAGCGCGAGUGGGAGGAGGAACCAGAGACAUAUACCCAAGCGAGCAAGAUGGCGGAGGAUGCGGGCAGGUUCCCCGUGCCAGGAAACGCCGUCUUGUCGCACCCCGUGACGCAGCUUGGCGACCGGCAAGCCCAGGACCAAGGGUCCGAUUUGGGCAGUCGGCAACCAGAUGAUAUGAUUUUGGAAUGUACCAACCAAAGCAUAGCCAGGCAUGAGCAAAGGAUUACCGACUUGUUAAGCGAGCUCUCCCGGACUGCCCACAUCACUACCGACCAGGAGGAAAGUACGGGCUUGUCGGAAAUCUUCUCCAGCAUCCUCGAGGCUCGCUCGAAAUUGAAAGACAUGAAGCAGAUCAAGGGGAUACUGGAGAAUAACCGGAAGCAGGGCAAUCAGACAGGGAUGCCGUCGGGUUCGAGUGGUCGGGUGGCGGAGAAGGAAUCGGCAAGUCCACAGGGUACUGGAUAUUGGAGGCGCCGUCAGCCGGUCCACUCCACAAGAGAUGGCAGAUCAGCAACACCAUGCGCAAGUAUUAAACCCGAUCCGACGGAAACCACGUCGCCCCAGAGUCGACAAACAUUAUCGCCGAGGAGUCAAGUUGCGGCUCAUCCAGCGACGAGCUUAUCGGAUAGGACCAGGAGAAGAGGACUCCUGCGUGUCGUGAAGUCUGAGCCCGAUGCCCAGCACAUUGACGCGGAGAGCCCGCUAAGAAAGCGUAGCCAAGUCGUCCCUCAGAAACGCAGCCAUGGGGAUGCGAAGGACUGUCCAAUUGACCUAACUUAGAGUGGUCGGUUUGUUCCUAGCGUGGUAAAUCGGGGAAUUGAUAUCUCGAAUUUGUAUUUUUGUGACC